CCCUUCACAGUGUGAUAGACAUUAUGAUUCAACGUUGUACGUUGUGUAAGUGCGUAUCAGUACGUUGUGUCUCGAAUGGAAUAGUUGAUUUCUACACAUUUUACAUAUUCCACGGCCCACACAAUGUGGUGAAGUUGGGUAUGUUCUAACUUGCCAAGUGGAUAAAGACAUGUAUAUGUAAGAACGAAGAUAAUAUUACAAUUAAUAGGUAACCUAUUUGUUUUAUCUUAUUAGCAAGAUUUGGCGCUGCUUUGAGUGCAUAUUUCUUUCCUAUCUUGUUAUAAUCGUGUAAUAGUGUGUAUUAGAAUGUGUUGUGUAAUAUAUAUAUACUCCUCGACAUGUUUUGAUUAAUUUAAUAAUCGUAUCAAGAAAUUAACAAAGAAACGGACAAUUCAAUAACAUUUCGAUGCGCUACGUUUAAUGCAUAAGAAAUCUAUUGUAAAUGUUAUAAGGAAAUAAAAUAAAUUGCUUUGAGUCGUAUGUACUAUUGAAUCAUUUUUCACCUAUCCACUUUUAUGUUUUCUUUCACUUUAAUGCUGCAAGGGAUCCUUCGACUGUAUGUAUUUACAGGUUGUGCGAAAGCUAUUAUAAAAAUAACUAUUCCAGUGUAUUAUUCCAGUAUUAUAUAAUACAAAUAAAAUUUUAUUAAGAAAUAUGAAUCAGUUAAAUCCAUCUAAACGCAAAAAAGUUGUCGACCUUUUAAAAAAAUUUGAAGAAAACAGAAGAAAUACAUCUGAAUCCAUCAUGACAUUCAGUUUUAAUAAAAAACGAAUUCGUCGUUUAAGUAAAUUAAAUGAUGUUAAAGAAAACUGUAAAGGUAUUUUGUAUUGGAUGUUACGUGAUUUUAGGAUACAAGAUAAUUGGGCUUUGCUUUUUGCCCAAAAAAUUGCUUUAAAAAAUGAUGUACCUCUUCAUAUAUGUUUUUGCAUAAUGCCAAAUUUUCUGAAUGCUUCUAUAAGAUAUUAUAAAUUUCUUUUGAAAGGAUUAUUAGAAAUUGAAAAAGAAUGUAAACAAUUAAAGAUAAACUUUCAUCUUUUGCACGGCGAACCAAAUAUGAGAAUUCUUAAAUUUGUAAAAAUGUAUAACAUGGGAGCUGUGAUUGUGGACUUUUAUCCAUUGAAGUUACCCAUGUACUGGGUUGAUAAUGUACAGAAGAAUCUUCCAAAAAAUAUUCCUAUUUGCCAAGUAGAUGCUCAUAAUAUUGUACCCUGCUGGCAUGCAUCAUCAGAGCAAGAAUUUGCUGCUAGAACUAUAAGAAAUAAAAUAAAUGUAAAACUAGAGGAAUUUUUAACAGAAUUUCCUCCUGUUAUUGAGCACCCAUAUUUAACAAAAGAAAAUUUUGAAAGCAAUAAUUGGGAUAUAGCUUUGCAAGAUGUAGAUACAGAUAAGUUGGUGAAUGAAAUUACAUGGGCUGAACCAGGGUAUAUGGGUGGUAUUAAGGAAUUAGAAAAUUUUAUACAGAAUCGUUUACAAAAAUAUGGAGAUGAGCGUAAUAAUCCUUUAUCAAAUGCCACUAGUAAUUUGUCACCUUGGUUUCAUUUUGGUAUGAUCUCGGUACAACGAUGUAUUUUGGAAAUAAAAGAAUAUAAAAGAUUGUAUAAAAAGUCAGUCGAAUCUUUCAUGGAGGAAACUAUCAUUAGAAGAGAACUCAGUGAUAAUUUUUGUUUCUAUAAUGAAAAGUAUGAUCUUGUUGAAGGUGCCUAUCCUUGGGCUAUAGAAACAUUAAAUAAACAUAGGAAGGAUAAACGAAAAUAUGUAUAUUCUUUAAGUCAAUUAGAAAAUUUUAAAACUCACGAUGAUCUAUGGAAUGCAUGUCAAAAUCAAAUGGUAAUAGUUGGAAAGAUGCAUGGAUUUUUAAGAAUGUAUUGGGCAAAAAAAAUUUUAGAAUGGACUGAAACACCCGAGAUUGCAUUAGAAUGGGCCAAUUACUUAAAUAAUAAGUAUAGCAUAGAUGGUUGUGACCCUAAUGGUUAUGUAGGUUGCAUGUGGUCUAUCUGUGGUGUCCAUGAUCAUGGUUGGUCAGAAAGAGAUAUAUUUGGGAAAAUAAGAUACAUGAAUUAUGAGGGAUGUAAACGAAAAUUUAAUGUUGCCGAAUUUGUUAAGAAAUGGGGGAAGAAGGAAGAUAAUUAGCUUA